GGGACUGCUGGCCCGGAGCAGCAGGGAGGAGGAAGGCUCCUAACACAAGUCCUGCCUCCAUUCUGUGCUGGUCGUCAUCUCUGCCGGAGACGGACGCAGGGCCAGGCUGGGGGCAGAGGGUCCCAACCAGAAGGAGGGGCUUCAUUUCUGGAGCAAAUGACGAGAAGAUUCCUCUUUGCAUUCUGCUGCUUUGGGGAAGGUCUGCCGGCAUGCAGCAGCACAGCGGGGAAAGGAAAGAAGGAAAGCCAGAGCCACCAGCAGUGAUGGGAGAUGGGAGCCAAGGCACGGACAGAGGGUGGGCAUGGGCAGCAGUGCUGCACUUCUUCCUGGAACUUAACUUGUCCCAAAGGCAGCACGUUACCUGGAAGGACGGAGCACAUCCAUCCCCCGCAGCACCUCACCUGUCCUGCUCUGACACAGGUCAAUGUGUUCGUGAUGGGAAUGCUCAAAACCUUUGGCAUUUUCUUCGUGGCAUUCCAGGAGGAGGUGGGGGGCUCCUCAGAGCAGGUCAGCUGGAUCGGCUCCAUCAUGUCCUCGCUGCGCUUCCUGGGAGCCCCACUGGUGGCCGUGGUCUGCAGGCGGAUCGGUGAGCGGCCGACCUCCAUCCUUGGGGCUGGGCUGGUCAGUGGGGGCUGCCUGCUCAGCACACAGGCCACCAGCGUGCCCUUCCUCUGCGUCUCCAUGGGACUCCUGCUGGGCAUGGGGUUCUGCUGCCUAUACCAGGCAGCAGCAGUGAUGACGGCCAAGCGCUGCAGGACUCGGCUGGCUUUCUCCAAUGCUGUUGCCCGCUCAGGGAUGGGCCUGACCUUCCUGACUGCACCCUUCACACAGCUGCUCAUUGACACCUAUGGCUGGCAGGGCGCCCUCCUGAUUUUCAGUGGCAUCAUGCUGAACCUCGUGCCUUCCAGCAUGCUGCUGCGCCCCAUCCGCACCCAGCUGCCUCCGUGCCCCCCAGCCAGCAACGAGGACAGGAGCUCUGUGCCCAAAGGAGAAGCAGGAGCCCUUGCAGGACACCUCGAGGAAGCCACGAAUGGAGCAGCACGGCCAUGCAGUGCUCGGGACCCUCCCAGCACAGAGCCACCUGCAGAGCCCUGCAGCAGUGAUGCAGUAACAACAGCAGCAGCAGGGAAAGCCUCCACUGACAGCCGCUCCCCUGAAACCACCAAUGAGGCCACGAGGAGCUGCAGAUCCCCCCCGGUGCCCAAAGAGGAGAAGCCGCAGCCUCUCAUUGACUUCUCCCCUCUGAAGGAUCCCAUCUUCUGCAUUUUUACCUGGUCCUUCUUGUUCAGCCACCUGGCCUACUUCGUGCCCAUCUUCCACCUGGUAGCCAGAGCCAGGACGUUGGGCAUAAGCAGCAUGGAUGCCUCCUACCUCAUCUCAGUGGCUGGCAUCACCGAGACGGGCAGCCAGCUGCUCUCAGGGUGGAUUGCAGACCAGAACUGGACCAAGAAGUACCAUUACCACGCAGCUUACCUGGUGCUCUGCGGUGUCACCAACCUGCUCUGCCCCCUGGCCACCACCUUCCCUCUGCUCAUGGCCUACGCUGUGGCCUUCGCCAUCUUCUGCGGUGGAUUCCUGGCUCUGGUGCUCCCUGUGCUGGUAGACCUGGUGGGCGUGCAAAAACUCCACAGCUACUUGGGCUUUGCUUCUUUCUUUGCUGGGAUAGCAGCUGUUGGAGGACCUCCUCUAGCAGGCAUCCAUGGAUGGCUUUUCUGUCCAAGGAGAUAAAACACAAAGAACACACGUGAGAACAUUGGCUUCGUGCACGGGAAAUAGUUUUGCUCCUGAAUAUGCACAGUGUGACAGCUGAGUGGGAAAGGAACUCAGCAUCCACAGCACAGCAGCACUGACCUCACUACCAUUGGGUUUGGCCACUAUCAGAGCACUGUUAAUACCGAGCCAGAAACAGAGGGACUGAGGGAAGGGAGCCUCUGUGAUACCACCUCCAUGCUUCAGAGUUCUAGCAGCUCUGCCACGCUGCAGGCAUGAGAAAGAUUGAUUUCCCUAAUCAAUAUCUCUAGGUUGGCCAAGCUCUGGGUAUGGAUGCAAUUUCAAGCAGCUAAAACGUUUCAUUGACAGCGUGCUUUACACUGUCACAGUGAUCCAUAGCCCGUGCUGCAGAAGAUCUCUUCUGCUGAUACAAGAUGUACGUCCAGCAGAAAGCAAUACCUGCAAAACCAUUGCAGUAAAUUCUCCGACAGGAUAACAUACGGUGUGAAAAGAGCUAAAUAAGUUGGCUCUCCUUCACCCAUGCAUCAUGCAGUGGUUAUGCUUCCCUCUGCUUCCCAUCUAUUUUCGCUAAUUGGAAGCUUUCUGCUUCCUGACGAUGCGGGGCUGGGUCUGGGGUUGAGAAAGCAAGCAGGUUUCCUGUGAGAAGCCCCGCACAGAGCUCAGCCUUCUUCAUCCAGAUGGGAUAAAUCAAGGCCCAGCAGAGCCAACAAGUCGCACUGAUCCACCUCACUGCAAGCAGAGUGAGAGGGAAACGACUCACAGCUCCGUUUGUGGCACACCAUAGUUUUCUGUUUGCUGUCGUUUUCCUGUGCUUUCUACUGCAGUGUUCCAACACUGCCCAUAUGAAACAUGAAAGCCAAUUGGGGCUACCUGCUAACUCCCUGCUUCCAACAGCAGCUGCUCCUUGCAAAACACACAACAGGGCUGAAGUGCUAUGUAAGGUCUUGGGGGGUUCAGCGCAUCCCACUGCUGCUGACCUCCCUGAAAUGCUGGCCUCAGAAGCACAGCUUGCAUUGUUUCUGCAGUGAAACCCACAACAUGAGGGAGGCAUGGGUUAUAAAUGCUUAUUGUGCACAGUAGAGCAAAGCCUGAUCACGGUGCGACGAAGAGGUGACUUACGUGCAAAUCUGUUUAACUGGAAGCCCUUAAGCCAGGGCUGAGGCUCCUCACAGCUGAGUGCUGCUGCCCUCCUGAACAGCAGAACAAGGCAGAACAAACAUCAUUUUGGCAAGCUGCAAGAGAGCCAAGGAGAGGGAACAUCCUAUUUCCUAAGGAGGAGAAAUCAGGAACAAACUGAAAAGGGGGAGGGGGGGAAAAGCCAUCACCAACCAAACGAUGUAAUUCAAGAUUACAAAGCCGAUCCCAGCAGCCAGCACACGGCAACUCCAGCUCCAACAAAUGUGGGAGGCAAAAGGGGGAGAGGAAGGAAUCAUCUGAAAGCAGCACUGGCACUCCAACUUAAUGCUCUCACCUCCAGCAUGGCUGCCUUUGUGGUAGGCAUUGCUGUUAGGACACGUGCAGCAAACAAAACCCAGAGGUGCCAGGCCCCUCACAGAGCAGCUGUGCAAUUCCAGCAGCCCAACCAGCUUGCAGAACCACUGCUCUGCUGUGUGUUGCAGGCACUCAGCUCCCUGCAGCAGGAUUUGGCCCUUGUUGCUCAGGGAGAGGCACGCAGGCUCUGAAAGACGUGCUGUGCUCAGAGCAUUGCUUGCAUGGCAGUGGCAGCCAGGAGGGGACAGUGAGGCUUCAGCCCUAAGCAGAGCUUCUGUAUAAUAAAAAACAACCAGGAAAAUCCUGCAUUUAGAAAGAUCACAAAGAUAUAAAAAAAGAAUAAUAAAAAGAUUCAGAGCUGA